CACAUUCCUGCGAUGCCUCGCAUCGCCUGGAAGAAGGAAGAAGGUCUCCCAUGGUGCCCUGCUGGCCGUUGCGGCAUCGAUGGCAUCUGCCUUCGUGGGAGGGCCCGCAUUUGCCAAGGUGGUGGUCAGCGGUGCUGGACCAGCUGGGCUGCUGGCGGCCAGGAGCAUCCUGGAUCACCGACCUGACGUGGAAGUGGAAGUCUUCGAGAAGCGAGGCGACCCUCGCAGCGAGCAAAUCAGUGGUUUUCGCGCCUAUUCCCUGGGGCUCAACAUCCGUGGCCGCAGCGCCUUACAACACUGGCCUGGGCUGUGGGAGCGCGUGGCUGCGAAGGGCGUCUUGUCGGACAAGUUCUUCCUACACCUUGGAGGUUUCCAGCUGCAGUUACGUGCCAAUCGCGAAGGGGGCGUUCCCACACUGCUGAUUGGACGUAACGAUCUCUGCGCUGCUUUGCUGGAGGACCUCCAAGAGCGGCAUGGGUCAAGGCUCAGCUUGCACUUCGGAGAAGCGUUAAAGGAGGUGGACCUUACCUCCCGUCGUUGCCUCACCAGCGCCGGCACCGCGGUCCGCUACGACGACCUGCUGGGCGCGGACGGCGUGAACUCCGCCGUGCGCCGCGCCAUGGCCGCGGCGGGCUUUCGGAGCGACGCGGUGGAUCUGCCGGGGCAGUUCAAGGUUUGGGUGGGACCAUGUCCCAGCAAUUUAGAUCCCUUGGCAGUGCAUGCGAUGAGUUCCAAGGGUCUCACCUUAUUUUCCAUCCCUCGGGUGGAUGGACGCUUGUGUACCAUCCUGUCUUGGAACGACAGUCCCCCGUCCUUCCUGGAGGACGACGACGAGGCCAUCGCGCAGCACUUGCAGCAGGACUUCCCGUCCUUUGGAGCCCCGGCGCUGGAGAGCGUGGCGCAGCUGCGGCAGCAGCGGCCCAGCAAGGCCACAACGGUGAGAGCCAACAGGUACCAUGACUUGGAAGGAAGAGCCUUGUUGCUUGGCGAUGCGGCGCAUUCCACGGGUGGGACCUUGGGACAAGGUGCCAACAGCGCUUUGACCGAUGCUGUUGUGCUGGAUAAGUUGCUCCAAGCGACCACGCCGGAGAAGUCCGUGGUACAAGAUGUGGGCGAAGAAUUUUCUAAGCUGCGACAGCCAGAGGGUCUGGCACUGUGGAAACUACUACAGCUGCCGCCCAAAGGUCUCUGGGCGCUGCCUUACACCGCUGCGCAGUUUGCCGCUGGCCUCCUGUCACGGGCCGUGCCCAUGGUGGCGUCACAGCCUGUGCAGAGUUUGCUGAGUGAAACCACCACGCCCUACACCGAAAUUGUGAGCAGCAGCAAGUUCUGGCUGGACAAAGCUCUGGUGGAUGCACCUGGCGCAAGUUCUGGUGAGUUCGAGAGCGGAUGA